ACUGACAUAUUUCAGAAAUAAAUUCGUAUUUAUUUACGUAUUUAACAACGAAAUAGUUGCAGAUUCUACAUUCUCGUAAAGAAAACUAGUGUAAAAUGUUUCCUAAUAUAGUGAAUCGAGUGUGCAGAACCGCUAGGAGUCCACCGAUUUUGAGCCAGGUGCGCACGAAAGCAGCGUACGAGGGAGAAGGCAAGAUGACGGUGCGCGUCAUCAACCAGGAGCAGGAUCUGGGGCUGAUGAUAGACUCGUAUGCCACUUAUGGCUUCAGACUUAACAAUGGCAUCACAGUAUUAGGACCCGUAGCAAUAUUUCCGAGGACGAUGCUGUCGUGGCAGGUGCGGGGCGCGGAGGACGUGACGGCGGACUCGCUGCGGUUGUUCAAGGUGCUCGAGCCCAAGAUAGACCUCCUCGUCAUAGGGCUGGAGACCAAGGAGCGGCCGGCCCUGGACGCCGUGUUCCGCGCGUCUCGCACCGCCGGCCUCAACGUGGAGCUGCUGCCGGUGGAGCACGCCUGCUCAACCUUCAACUUCCUCAACGCCGAGGGACGGUACGUGGCUGGUGCGCUGAUCCCGCCGCUGCACAUCGAUCUCAACGAAGAUGACAUGCUGCAGUCAAAACUACACUACGGGAACCUGUACAAGAACGACUUCUAGACCUGACCUCACCUGGCCUGACCCAACACCAUAGAAUGAGGACGCGUCUGAUGCCGUAGAAUGGUGUCAAUAUUUAUCUCAUGGUUUCAAUUUUUACUUGGAUUGAAAUUACAUACAUACAUACAUAAA